AUGUUCUUCCGAGAUGUCCGCCUUAAAAAUCAGCUACGUGCUCGAGCUGAAGAAGCAGAACGCCUACUCCAACAUGGCUCUCAGCGCAACGAAAAGGACUCACCAUUUGUCGACGAGUUCGAAGUCGCAGCUGAUUUGAUGGGAUUGGCAAUAGGAACCCAUGGUUCGAAUAUACAAAGAGCUCGCAAUGUGGAAGAUGUAGACGAUAUUCAGGUGUUCGAAGGAGGUGGUGAUGGACAGCCAUGCAUCAUUAAGAUAUUUGCGAAGACAGCCGCAGCAGCACAAAAAGCUCGUGCGCAACUUGACUUUGGAGUCGAGUGUGUACACGUGCCCCGGUUUUUGGUAGGCAAAUUGAUCGGUAAGAAUGGAAAGUGUAUCCAGGAAAUCGUUGAUAAAUCGGGUGUGAUACGUGUUCAAAUUGCCGGUGAAGAUGAUGACAAUAUGGAUCCUGUCCCGUUUUCGUUCACCGGUACUAGGGAAUCGACAUCAAUGGCUGCUUUCCUGGUGGACUUCCAAAUUAACCAUCUGAAAGAAACCGAGGGAUUGCGAAACAAUAUAGAAGACAUGAUGCGGCAAGCGUAUAGCAAUAGUGAAAGAUUCCAGAGGAAUUCAGACGGUUACCAACGUAACGGAUAUGGUGACCGUGGUGGAUUUGACCGACGUGGUGGACGCCGUGGACGUGGUCGAGGUGGUAAUUAUCGCAAUGUUGGUGCGCAGAAUGGAGGGUCAACCAAUGGAGAGGUGAUAGCAAUCGAUACAGUGACGAAGAUUGGUCAGGAGCAGAAGAAGCGAAACAUAGAGAAGAACAUGGGGACGAGCAAGAACAGCGUCGUCAGGGCCGACAACGUGGAGGAAGUGCUGGUGAACGAGGAAAUAAUGCUGGGCGAAGACGUGGUCGUGGCGCUUACAACAGGAAUGGGGUUUGAUUGCGGUGUUCGUAUGUUCAUUUCGAUUCAUGUUUGA